AUGUUUUGGCUCGGUCUGCUGGUUUUGUCCUUACAUCAAGUUGUCGGGCAAUAUACAGACGACAACUUGAGAUCUUUCGUGACGCUUCCGGACGUCCGAGCUCUUAGCUUCGACAUCACAUAUUACGACCGCAGUCGCGUGGCGCCGGGAUACUGGUUCGUCUCACCGUACUUGCACAUUGAGCCUGAUCAAUCGACUAGCUUGUAUGAACCAUAUCAAGUUGGUCCACAUAUCUAUGAUCAAGAUGGGCAACUCAUCUGGACCGGGUCGCCAAAGUUCGAGAAUCGGAAUGUAUUCGAUUUCAAGGUGGUACACCGUAUCGGCAACAGGCCAUAUAUCUCUAUGAUCCUGCAGUACUCGCGAGACCACAGUGAUCCUGGUUAUGGAAUCAUUUUGGACAACAGUUAUGAAAUCUUCAAGAAGACCCCGUUGAGGCAGGACCUCGGGGUAUUCGAUAUCCACGAAUUCAAUGUUAAAGACGGCAAGAGCGCUUUGGUGACGGUCUAUCUCAGCGAAGAGAUCGGUCUGGAAGAAUUCGGUCGAGCAAACGAGAAAACUUGGCUUGAAACCGGUGGCUUCGCUGAAAUUGAUUUGAGAACCGCCGAAGUCUUGUUUUCCUGGAGAUCCUACGAUCAGAUACCCCUGAGGGAGACUGUUCAUUACGACCGCUCAUCGCCAGCGGAGGGCCUUCCUGGGUGGGAUUACGUUCACAUCAAUUCAGUUGAUAAGAACGACAACGGUGAUUAUCUCAUCUCAAUGCGCUUUACGAAUACUAUCUAUCUUGUCAAUGGAAAAGAUGGUCAUAUCAUGUGGCGUCUCAACGGACAACACCGUGGCGACUUCGAGCAAGACUUCACUUUCUCCAAGCAGCACAAUGCUAGAUUCUUGAAGUCGACAGGAACCCACCACAUCAUUUCCUUUCUCAACAACGCAUCCGACGAAGAAUUCGCCGAGGAACAAGUAUCGUCAGCCCUCAUCAUCGAGGUCGAAUCGGGCACAGUCCCCAUGACUGCUAAAGUGCUUCAUCGCUACGAUCGUCCUGACGGCGAUCUUACCCGGCUUCGUGGUAACUCACAGGCGCUUCCCAAUCAGAACAUGUUCGUUUGCUGGAGCCAAGGUGGCUUUAUGACGGAGUUUUCGCUGGAAGGCGAACAGCUCAUGAGUGCUCGGUACAAAUCUUCGCGAUACUCCAAUUACCGGGCCUACAAAUUUGAGUUUGUUGGCCAGCCUCACACCCCUCCUGACCUUGUCUCGUCUGUGCUGGGAACCGACGAGUCGAACCUGGUGACAAACAUAUGGGUGAGCUGGAAUGGCGCUACUGAGAUCGCUUCUUGGAAAUUCUACGCAAGAGCGUCAGAGUUCGACUAUCCAGUCAUGGUCGGACGUGCCUCAAAGACGGAUUUCGAGACGAUGUUCACUGCAAAGGGAUAUCUGGAUUGGAUCACUGCCGAAGCUGUCGAUCGGAAAGGCCAUGUUAUUGGUACAUCGGAACUUCACCGAACGAAGCAUCCGGUUUGGAAGACCUCUGGUUGGAAAGGACAUGGAGCCCAGCCUCAGCCCAUCAAUCCGACCACAAUAUAUGCCGGCGUUCCUCUUAACUCUAAGCCAAGCGUGGCCGACUCUGCAGCUGUCGAUGCUGCUCUGGAGGCCAAUUUGCACAAGGCUACAUUGACUCUAAUGAGCACUUACAAAUUCAUUCGCAGUAUUGGUAGUGCCCUUGUCUUGGUCUUGCUGUUGGCCCUGACGAUUGCUCUCAUAGCUAUAUGUAUGCUGAGCCGUGGCUGGCGAGUGCGACUAUAUCAGCGUGUCCCCACCGAGGAGGAGAUGGUCGAGCAGUCCAUUCAACUUCACCCGGAAUCGACACAUUGA